AUGCCCGAGCAGUCCUUCACAGGCGUAUUCGAGAUUGGGGUUCAGUCCAGCUUGCGAAGCAUUCCAAGGCUGAAAUUGGACUUCACCCAAGGGCCUGGGCUGCAGUUGCAAUACACUUGCACAUUCAACUACACUGGCGAUACCCCAUCAGAGCACAUCCCCUCCAGAAGGACGAGUGCCGCCAUCCUAGCACUCGUGCAGUCACUCAAUGACUCGCCAACCGAUCAGGCAAGGAAAAUAUGCAAGAAAGUGGUAGACGGCGUCACGGUGGGCCGCGCAAGCUUCGAGCGACUCACAGAAGGCGAGAAGUCGAACUGGAGACUCCAGAUCGCACAGCUCCAGAAAGCAAAUACCAGCGAGCGACUCGAUUAUCGUCCCGAGGUCCAAUGGAUGGGAGUGCUUUGGGAUGCUUGUCGACCAGACAUCAGAGGCAAGUUGAAAAAGAACAUCGCCUUUCGUAUUCGACUAUUCAAACAGUUGAUGCUUCGCUUGAUUGGGAGGAGCCCAAGCAUAGCUGUCUAUAUGGCUGGUAAGAAACAUGUCCUUCCAAAUUACAUCGGAUAUCGAGAGUGCUGCAAAGCUCGCAGUGGAAUGUCGCUCGACCAUAGUCUGGCCGACCUGAGUGAAUACUGUAUAGACGUCGUAACGUACAGCAGAGCGCCUAUGGCGGAUGGAAUGCAAGCCCUUCAGUCCGCUGGCGCAAGUGCUGAAGGGACCAGAGUUAGUGAGAUGGCUUUGUCGGGCGUGAAGUAUCUCGGAAGCCCAAUAGACUUGGUCCAGACAUAUUUGAUUUCGAGGCGUCCAGCGUUCGGAAACGACAGGCGUCAAAGGAAACUGCCGAUACACCAGGCUUCAGUCUGGCGAUAUUGCGGCCUUGUUGCUGAGCUCGAGAGUCAGAUACUCACUUUGCGGCAAGGAUAUCAGACGGCUCCUUACCUGACGCACGAUGGUCAUGAUUUCUACGACCGCUGGAGUGGGCUGGAAGUGAUCGCAAAGCUCUCGACUCUCUUGCGGCUCUCGCGCACAGCUCGUGUGCAACAGCCUCUGGAAUGA